CUAGCUCGAUCAAAUUACACAAAAUAUUAUAAGCAUGAAGAUCAUAGUUGCCGUCUCUCUUUUAGUCCUUUCCUGGCUUAACAUCUCUCUCGGGGGAGAAAUCGCGAUAUAUUGGGGCCAACAUACGGAUGAGGGCAGCCUGUUCCAAACUUGCGCCGAAACCAACAACUACAACAUCGUAAACAUUGCUUUCUUAGCAAUGUUUGGCCAUGGCACAACUCCAGUUCUCAACCUAGCUGGCCACUGUGGUCCUCCUAAUAAUCCGUGUAAAUUGUUGAGCGACGAGAUCAGAUACUGUAAGAGCAAGGACAUCAAAGUAUUGCUUUCCCUUUAUGGUGGUGGUGGAUACCUUUCCUCUGAUGAUGAUGCUAAGAACUUGGCACAGCAUCUAUGGGACAACUUUCUUGGAGGACAAUCAGCGUCAAGGCCACUAGGGGAUGAAAGCCUGGACGGAAUCGACUUUUAUAUAGAGGCAGGCUCCAACCAAUACUACGACGUACUGGCCAAGGCCUUGUCGGAAUUGGGUGAAGCGGGGGGACAAAAAGUGUACUUGGCAGCAGCUCCUCAAUGUAUAUUCCCUGAUUAUCACUUGCAGGAAGCCAUAAACACACGCCUUUUCGACUACGUCUGGGUGUUGUUCUACGACAAUUCUCCCUGUCAGUACAACGCCACCGCCGGCGACGCCACCAAUCUUUUGAACUCUUGGAACAAUGAAUGGUCAACCAUUCCCACCGGAAAACUAUUUUUAGGAUUGCCUGCAGCGCCGGAUGCAGCCCCCGGCGGUGGCUACAUUGAACCUGAUAACCUUAUUUCUGAGGUUCUCCCGGUGAUCCAGGCUACACCCUUAUACGGAGGCGUAAUGCUCUGGGAUAGAUUCUAUGACAGAGACUACAACUACAGCUCCAAGAUCAGGCCUUAUGUCUCUAUGGUUACUCAAAACUAUGACGUCAUCUAAAUACUAAAUGUUCGAGAUCAGAUCGAACAUAAUAUAAUAUUGUACUAGCUACUAGCUAGCUUCCACCACUUCUACCUAUGAAUUAUAUAUGAUGCAUUAUCAUAUAAUAAUAAAUAAAAUGCAUCAUAAUAAAGCUAGCUAGCUUUAUUUUGUUGUUAAAUAUAAUGGAAU